CGAGAGGGAGACGGACGUUGAGAGAACGAGAAGGAAGGAGAGAGAAAAUGGCGUCCACGGAUUACAGUACCUACAGCCAAGCUGCAGCCCAGCAGGGCUACAGUGCUUACACCGCCCAGCCCACUCAAGGAUAUGCACAGACCACCCAGGCAUAUGGGCAACAAAGUUACGGAACCUAUGGACAGCCCACUGAUGUCAGCUAUACCCAGGCUCAGACCACUGCAACCUAUGGGCAGACCGCCUAUGCAACUUCUUAUGGACAGCCUCCCACUGUAGAAGGGACCAGUACAGGAUAUUCUACUCCAACUGCCCCCCAGGCAUACAGUCAGCCUGUCCAGGGGUACGGCACUGGUGCUUAUGAUACCACCACUGCUACAGUCACUACCACCCAGGCCUCCUAUGCAGCUCAGUCUGCAUACGGCACUCAGCCUGCUUAUCCAGCCUAUGGGCAGCAGCCAGCAGCCACCGCACCUGCAAGACCGCAGGAUGGUAACAAACCCGCUGAGACUAGUCAACCUCAAUCUAGCACAGGGGGUUACAACCAGCCCAGCCUAGGAUAUGGACAGAGUAACUACAGUUAUCCCCAGGUACCUGGGAGCUACCCCAUGCAGCCAGUCACAGCACCACCAUCCUAUCCUCCUACCAGCUAUUCUUCUACACAGCCGACUAGUUAUGAUCAGAGCAGUUACUCCCAGCAGAACACCUAUGGGCAGCCGAGCAGCUAUGGACAACAGAGUAGCUAUGGUCAACAAAGCAGCUAUGGGCAGCAGCCGCCCACUAGUUACCCCCCCCAAACUGGAUCCUACAGCCAGGCUCCAAGUCAAUAUAGCCAACAGAGCAGCAGCUACGGGCAGCAGAGUUCAUUCCGACAGGACCACCCCAGUAGCAUGGGUGUUUAUGGGCAGGAGUCUGGAGGAUUUUCCGGACCAGGAGAGAACCGGAGCAUGAGUGGCCCUGAUAACCGGGGCAGGGGAAGAGGGGGAUUUGAUCGUGGAGGCAUGAGCAGAGGUGGGCGGGGAGGAGGACGCGGUGGAAUGGGCGCUGGAGAGCGAGGUGGCUUCAAUAAGCCUGGUGGACCCAUGGACGAAGGACCAGAUCUUGAUUUAGGCCCACCUGUAGAUCCAGAUGAAGACUGUGACAACAGUGCAAUUUAUGUGCAAGGAUUAAGUGACAGUGUGACUCUAGAUGAUCUGGCAGACUUCUUUAAGCAGUGUGGAGUUGUCAAGAUAAACAAGAGGACUGGACAACCCAUGAUCCAUAUCUAUUUGGACAAGGAAACAGGAAAGCCCAAAGGCGAUGCUACUGUAUCCUAUGAAGACCCGCCAACUGCCAAAACUGCUGUCGAGUGGUUUGAUGGGAAAGAUUUUCAAGGGAGCAAACUUAAAGUUUCUCUUGCUCGGAAGAAGCCUCCAAUGAACAGCAUGCGGGGAGGAAUGCCCCCCCGUGAGGGUAGAGGGAUGCCACCGCCGCUCCGAGGAGGUCCAGGAGGCCCGGGAGGUCCUGGAGGACCCAUGGGUCGCAUGGGAGGCCGUGGAGGAGACAGAGGAGGCUUCCCACCAAGAGGGCCCCGCGGUUCCCGAGGGAACCCAUCUGGAGGAGGAAACGUCCAGCACCGAGCUGGAGACUGGCAGUGCCCCAAUCCGGGGUGUGGAAACCAGAACUUUGCGUGGAGAACAGAGUGCAACCAGUGUAAGGCCCCAAAGCCUGAAGGCUUCCUCCCACCACCUUUCCCACCCCCGGGCGGUGACCGUGGCAGAGGUGGCCCUGGUGGCAUGCGGGGAGGAAGAGGUGGCCUCAUGGAUCGAGGUGGUCCUGGUGGAAUGUUCAGAGGUGGCCGUGGUGGAGACAGAGGUGGCUUCCGUGGCACCCGGGGCAUGGACCGUGGUGGCUUUGGUGGAGGAAGACGAGGUGGCCCUGGGGGACCCCCUGGACCUUUGAUGGAACAGAUGGGAGGAAGAAGAGGCGGGCGUGGAGGACCUGGAAAAAUGGAUAAAGGUGAGCACCGUCAGGAACGCAGAGACCGGCCCUACUAGACGCAGAGACCCCGCAGAGCUGCAUUGACUACCAGAUUUAUUUUUUAAACCAGAAAAUGUUUUAAAUUUAUAAUUCCAUAUUUAUAAUGUUGGCCACAACAUUAUGAUUAUUCCUGUCUGUACUUUAGUAUUUUUCACCAUUUGUGAAGAAACAUUAAAACAAGUUAAAUGGUAGUGUGCCGAGUUUUUUUUUCCUUCUUUUAAAGAUGGUUGUUUAACUAAAAGACUAAACAAUGGGAAUCCCUUGUGAGCAUGCUCAGUAUCAUUGUGGAGAACCAAGAGGGCCUCUCUAACUGUAACAAACAAUGUUCAUGGUUGUGAUGUUUUUUUUUAAAAAUAAAAUUCCAAAUGUUUAUAAACCGUCA